UUUUUAAAUUUGGAAAUAUAUCUCCUCCAAGUGACUUGGUCUUCAGUUUUCCCUCUCCUGCAACAAUAUAUAUAGAAUUCCACCCUAGCUAACAAUUAUAUAAUUGUAGUACCACAUAUUCUCAAUAAUCAUUAAUUCGACCACAAAAUUCAAAGAAAUGGCAAAUGUGAUGUUAUUAUUCCUAAGUAUUCUUGCAAUAAUAAACCGUACUACCCUAAUUGUCCUAGCCCAUGAGCCAAGCCCUCUUCAAGAUUUUUGCGUUGCUGAUUUCAAAAAUCCAGUUAGGGUGAAUGGUUUUGCAUGCCUAGACCAAAAGCAAGUAACCGCCGACAACUUCCUUUUCAGAGGGCUGAACAUAGCCGGAAACACCUCAAACCCCCUCGGAGUGUUCGUAAACCGGCCAACCGUGCUCGAGAUUCCGGGCCUCAACACCCUCGGAAUAUCCACCGUUCGAGUCGACUACUCUCCGCAAGGGUUGGUUCCGCCGCACCGCCACCCACGCGCCACCGAGAUACUCACUGUGCUUGAAGGCACAGUUCUAGCGGGCUUUAUCACAUCGGAUAACGGCCCGGAAAACAGGCUGAUCUCGAAAGUACUCCAUAAGGGGGACGCCUUUGUAUUCCCUUUCGGGCUUGUUCAUUUUCAGCAGAACGUCGGUGAAGAAAACGCCGUCACAAUUGCGUUCUUGAGCGGACAAAAUCCGGGGGUUAUUCCGAUUGCUAACUCCGUUUUCGGUUCGGAUCCGCCGAUAAACUCGGACGUGUUAGCCAAGGCCUUCAAGAUUGAUAAGUCCGUUGUCAAUAAGCUACGAGCGCCUUACAAAUAA